AAAGGCGUGAGCGCAGGGAGCCGCGGCAGAGUGAGAGAAAGACAGGAGGAGAGGAGGAUGAGACGGAGGAGUUAACAAAACCAUGCGCAACCUAAAUGUCCAACCGCCAUCAGCGACAGAGCAGAGGAUGGACCGCGAGGACCACAAGAAAGGAACCAUUGGGAAAAACUUCAUGUGUCGCCUGCAGUGCAUGUUCUCCCACUCUUCUGGCUGUGAGAGCAGCAAACUCACUCUAGAAGACACACAGCAGUGGUCGCAGUCGCUGGAGAAACUGCUCGACUCCAAAUAUGGACUGGCCACGUUCCGCUCGUUCCUGAAGUCGGAGUACAGCGAUGAGAACAUGGAGUUCUGGCUCACCUGUGAGGACUUUAAGAAGAUCCGCUCGUCCUUCAGGAUGUCGUCUCGAGCCAAACGCAUCUACGAGCAGUUCAUCAAAGCGGAGUCGCCCAAAGAGAUCAACAUCGACCACCAGACGCGCGAACAGAUCAAGCGAAACGUCAAAACCCCCACGACGCACUGCUUCGACGAGGCUCAGAAGAUCGUGUACGGUUUGAUGGAGCGAGAUUCCUAUCCACGCUUCCUCCGCUCUGACGUCUACAGAAUGCUACUGGAAAACCUGUCAGCCGACUCCUCCAAAGGGUGAACCAGAAACCCGCCAACCAACAAACUUAUCCCGACAAACAACUGGAACAAAUGCACUCGGAGGAGGGAGGAGAGACGGGAAAACAGACGAGUAGAAAGAAGAGAAGUUAGUUGCAAACCGGACGCCACGUUUGGGACUCGGAUGAAGCGACGGCGCGGCGUCCGAGCAGCGAGUUUGCACCGUUUAGAGGAAAUAUUUUGAAAGAGUUGCGCAAAAAAUGCAAAUUUGCUGCUUCACAUUGUGCGAAAAGGACAGAAAAAAAGAAUUAUCACGUUAUUUAAAUAUAGUUUGUUUUAAAUGUAGCCUUAAAAACGACACCGAGUGCAAUAAGAGAUGUUCACGAAGGGCUAAAGCGGAGCUAGCCAACGUUAGCAUAGCACUAUAGCGAUACACGACGGGAGUGUUACGUAAUGACGCCACUCCCGGGUCCGACCAGCGACUUCACACCCGUGUAUGUUCAUGUACGUUUAACCACAACUUCAGACGUGUAAAUAAUCCAAUAAUUACAUUUUACGCUGGAUUCCCGGUGUUUAUAUCUCACUAACCGCCGGUCACCGCUAAUGCUACUUUAGUUUAGCCUAGAUUUUACCUCAACCUCGUGAGGAGCUGAUGUGCCCUGGACCCGGGAGUGACGUCAAACUUUUAGAGUGACCAGACGUCCCAGUUUUACCCGGGACAGUCCCAGUUUUGAGUCCCGUGUCCCUUGUUCCAACAGAUUUAUACAAAACCACUGAUAUGUCCAAGUUUUAUACAAGAAAUGUCCCAGGUGUCCCUAUUUUGGACCAAAAAUAGGGACUAAACUAAGCCCUAAACCAGGACUCCAUCAGGUCUGAAACGGGAAUAUCACAAUUCUUGAUUAUGUGAUCCCUGCCAACAGUAAAGAGGAGCAGAAAUUCUCAUUUGUUUUGCCAAAAUACAGAAAACCGUGUUUGCGAAUUUUGAAAAUAUGGUCACUCUAAUCUCAACUAUCAGAGAUUUAUCAGUGAGAAACACAGAUUAGGGUGACCAGACGUCCCUGUUUAUGUCCCAGGAGUCCCUAUUUUGGACCAAAAAUAGGGACUAAACUUAGAUUAAACCAGGACUACAUCAGGUCUAAAACAGGACUAUCACAAUUCUUGACUAAUUUGAUCCCCGCCAACAGUAAAGAGGAGCAGAAAUUGUCAUUUGUUUUGCCAAAAUACAGAAAACUGUGUUUGCAAAUGACAGUUUUGAAUUUUGAAAAUCUGGUCACUCUAAUCUCAACAUCAAGAGAUUUAUCAGUGAGAAACACAGUUUAGAGUGACCAGACGUCCCUGUUUACCCGGGACAGUCCCAGUUUUGAGUCCCGUGUCCCCUGUCCCAGCAGAUUUAAACAAAACCACUGAUUUGUCCAAGUUUUAUACAAGAAAUGUCCCACGUGUCCCGAUUUUGGACCAAAAAUAGGGACUAAACUAAGCCCUAAACCAGGACUCCAUCAGGUCUGAAACAGGAAUAUCACAAUUCUUGAUUAUGUGAUCCCUGCCAACAGUAAAGAGGAGCAGAAAUUCUCAUUUGUUUUGUCAAAAUACAGAAAACCGUGUUUGCGAAUUUUGAAAAUAUGGUCACCCUAAUCAUUCAGAGAUUUAUCAGUGAGAAACACAGUUUAGCGUGACCAGACGUCCCUGUUUACCCGGGACAGUCCCAGUUUUGAGCCCUGUGUCCUCAGUUCCAGCAGAUUUACACAAAACCAGUGAUUUGUCCCAGUUUUAUACAAGAAAUGUCCCUAUUUUGGACCAAUUUGGUUUAAACCAGGACUAAACUAAACCCUAAACCAGGACUACAUCAGGUCUAAAACAGGACUAUCACAAUUUUUGACUUUUCUGAUCCCUGCCAACAGUAAAGAGGAGUGUAAAUUGUCAUUUGUUCAACCAAAAUAUAGAAAUCUGUGUUUGCAAAUGACCAUAAAAAAAAUAAAAAAAUAAAAAUAAUGCAGUAAUGGAAGUCCCUGAGAUUAUGACUGACACGAGAAUCCACAAUGUUACACGCUAUUUUCACAGUUUUAUUUUUAUACCAAACAUCCCAAUCCGGGUGUGUCCCAGUUUAGAAUUUUGGUCACCGUAAUCACAACAUUCAGAGAUUUUUCAGUGAGUGUGAGGAAUGACAUUUUCAACUCAGAACACAUAAAUGUUUUUAUGUUCUUCUUAAAUAAAUCAUAACAAAUAUAUAAAGUGCAGGGCCGCAGGGCUGGGACCAAGAAACAGCCCUGGACUUUUCUCCCACCACUGACACUGUGGACAGAGGGGCUGUGUGGUGACUGAAGGGUCAGGGGUGAGGGUGGACAUGUGGAUACAGCCGAAGUCUCCUUUCUGUUUCUGUUUCUUUCAAUUUCCAUUUUAGCUGUGAAUCUGAGUGAAACAGUAGCUUCACAUAAAAACAUUAGUCGAACUUUAAAUUUGUUUAGGGUGACCAGACGUUCCUAUUUCCCGGGACAGUCCCGGUUUUGAGCCCUGCAUUCCCUCUUCCAGCAGAUUUAUCCAAAACCAGUGAUUUGUCCAAGUUUUAUACAAGAAAUGCCCAGAGUGUCCCUAUUUUUGACCAAUUUGAUACUCACCAACAGUAAAGAGAGGCAUAAAUUGUUAUUUGUUUUGGUAAAAUACACAAAAGCUGCUUAAAAAUGACCAAAACACAAAGAAAAUGAGACUAUACUGACUGAUGUUAGUCAUGAAUGAGCCAAGUGCAGAAGUUUUCCUUAAUCACGCACUCGUUUCACAGUUUUAUUAUUGCCAAUCACCUCAAACCGGGCGUGUCACUGUUUUUGAUUUUGAAACUCUGGUCACCCUCGUCACACUCCAGUUUAUAGAGGUUAUGUAGAUGACAACAUUCAGAGAUUUCAGACUGUGUGGUGUUUGAAGGGUUAGGGGCUUGGGUGGACAUUCAGACACAGUCAAAGUUCUGUUUUUUUCAGUUUCCAUUUUGCUGAAACAGUAGCUUCACAUACAAACAUUAGCCAAACAUUAAGGUUGUUUAGGGUGACCAGACGUCCAUAAUUACCCGGGACAGUCCCAGUUUUGAGCCCUGUGUCCCCUGGGGAGAGCGCCUACGUUCCCUCAGCCCUGUUACCUCAUUUCUUUUUCCAAAAUUAGGCCGUAUAUUUCCACAUUUCCUUUAUCAUCAAUUUACAUCAGAUUUUAUCCCCAUUUAUUUCUCCCAAUUUGAUCGUCAAUUACACCCAACCUGUUCUCCAGCAGCAGUUGACUACAGAUACAAAUGUGAUGUAGACGUCACGGUGCAAAGGAUCUUAGGUUGAAAUAUUCGGACUUUCCUCCACGUCUCUUUGGAUUUGCGAGCGGGAGUGCGGGAGUGGGCUGAGGUAGAGCGGCCGUUGACUCAGUUUGUCUUCUUCCUCCCGUAAAGACGUAAAGCGUGACGAGAGGAUUCUCCAGCUGCUGCGCAAAUAUCCUCGGAACGACCGCGGGAAAAAGUUUGGAUCGUGUUUGUGUCCGUGGCGUAACGACAAAUCGAGAUGACGGAAAAGCCGGUAGCAGCUGAACUUUGUGUUUUCUUCCGGUCGACGUAAGAACCCUUCCCGACCCCCGGACGUCGAGCGGAAAUAAAUAAAGAUAAUUUAACGUGUUUUCCUUUCAAACCUCAGUUCGGAAUUAUUAUUAUUAUUUCCGUGUAAACUCGAAGGAGAAUAAUUAAUUCAGAAUUAAAAAAGCAUCAUGUAAAGGUGGACAUAGAUAGAUAUGUUUAAUGUCAUACGGAUGGCCAAAAAAGCUCCAUAGUUCGUCUUUUCUUUCAAAAAUGCACACGUUUUUUUCAAAAGUCGGUCUUAUUUUCCAUGUUUGUUUUGGGUUUUGGCGCUUCACCUUUGACCCGUCCGAACCACGACGCCGCACUGCGAUUGGUCCAAAUGCGAACGCAGGAGAAGCCCAAGACGGAUUCUUCUUCUGGAGUGUGUGAACUCCGACUAUCACGGAGAUUCAUGUCCGUGCGCUAAUCCAACACCUGCUCGUCGCCAUGGAGAUGUUAUUGUUUUGACUGGAGACUCACUCAGAAUAGCACUGAAGUGUAUCUAUCUUGUUUUAUUGCUCGAAAAUACAUUGAAAAACACAUGGAACAUUCCAGGCUAAGAAAACAUCUCCAUGGAGACGAGUUGGUCGAGCCUUGAACAGGAAAGUUGCUUCAAACACCUUUUAAAGCAGAAAAAUUAAACUCAAAUUCACAGAAGGACAAAAUUAAAAACUGGGAUCAAGUCGUGCUCCAAACUAAAUAUUUACUUUUCUCUUCUUUCGAGAUGUGUAACGUUAAACCUUUUCUUAUUAAAGUAAAUGUUUCAUAAUAGUUUUGCUUAAACCUUGAAUCCAGAACAAGCAAAAUAUAAAAUAAUAACAACAUUUUGGUAACACUUUAGUUUAUGGACCACAUAUUAAUCACUAAAUAAGUCAUAAUUGGUAUGAUAAGUAGUUGUUACUUAGCUGUAGUUGGUAUUAAUCAAACACUUAUUAAUGCUUAUUAAGAUUUCAGUCUAUGCACAAAAACAUCGAUUGUAAACUCUACUUAGCCUGAUUCAUCAGACGGUUUCACUUUGUAGAAACCGUCUGACCUCUCAGCAUUAGGAUUCGUUCGCUCGACAGUAGGCGGGUACUUUUUAUCAUUUAACCCAGACAUGUCAAACUCGGAAAUUCAACUCAAAACUCAAAAUUUGGGCUGCGAUAUAAUUAUAUUUGGCCCGCGAGGUCAGAUAGACUAUAGAGACAUUAUUUAUUUAAAAAAUGUGUUAUUAUUUUAUAUUCUGCUUGUUCUGGAUUCAAUGUUUAAGCAAAACUAUUAUUAAACAUUUAUUUUAAUAAGAAAAGGUUUAACAUUACAUAUGUCGAAAGAAGAGAAAACAUGCAGAUGUUGAAAUUUUUCAAUAAAUAUUUAGUUUGACCCACGACUUCGUCCCAGUUUUUAAUUUUGGCCCAACGUGAAUUUGAGUUUGACGCUCCUGAUUUAACCGCUGCUAUUUGAUCGUGACGUAUGUAAUGCACCAAAUCCCGUACAAAGAAGGGCAAUAACGUCUUUCCCCUUGAUAAAAUUCACCAAACAUUCUCUUUGUUCCGGCUUUAAAUCCUCAUUUAAAUCAUUGACGACACUAAAUAUAUGACUCUGACUGGCUGGUGCCCGAACUUGCACUUCCUGGGUUUUUGCGAACCGUCUAGUGUUUUCUGAGAAAUGAAAUUGAGCAUCGGCACUAGGUGGGGCCAACCUGGCAAAUCUCUGCUACUUUAAUGGGAAGAAAAUAAUUAAUGGGCUGAUUCUCGCAAAAUACGGCCUUAGACAAAAAUGAAUUGAAAGUACUUUAUAAAUAUUAACAAAGAUGUAACUAAGCACUUAUUACGCAUUUUAUUAUUAACUAGCUAUUAAUAUAUGGUCCCUAAUCUAAAGUGUUACCAAAAAUUUUAAAUAAAUAAUGUCUCUAUAACCUAUCUGUGUAUAAUUAUAUUGAAAUUUUGCCCUCGGCCUAAGUCUGACUGUUUUAAAGGAACUGUAUGUAAGAUUAUGAGUUAAACAUGUUCAAGUCCAAUCUAGCUUUUACCAAUAAAAACAAAAAAACAAAGCUGAUUUAUUUUUAUUUACAAAAACACUGGACAUUAUUGUAAAGUCGUUUGUUUUACUUUGGUGUUUUGGCUGUUAGACCUGAUUUAGUUCCAUUUUAGACCUUGUUUAGUCCGAGUUUAGAGCUGAUGAAAUCCUGUUUCAGACCUGGUUUAGUCCCAUUUUAGACCUGGGUUAGUUCUAGUUUAUACCUGAUGUAGUCCUGUUUUAGACCUGGUCUAAUCCUGUGUUAAACCUGGUUUAGUCCUGUUUUAGACGUGAUGUAGUCUUGUUUUAGACCUGGUUUAGUUCUGUGUUAGGCCUGAUGUAGUCUUGUUUUGGACCUGUUUUAGUCCUAGUUUAGAUCUGGUUUAGUCCUGUUUUAGGUCUGAUCAAGUCCUGUUUCAGACCUGGUUUAGUCCUGUUUUAGACCUGGUUUAGUCCUGUUUUAGACUUGGUAUAGUCUUGUUUUAGGUCUGAUCAAGUCCUGUUUCAGACCUGGUUUAGUUGUAGUUUAUACCUGAUGUAGUCCUGUUUCAGACCUGGUUGAGUUCUGUUUUAACUCUGAUGUAGUCCUGUUUUAGACCUGGUUGAGUUCUGUUUUAACUCUGAUGUAGUCCUGUUUUAGAACUGUUUUAGUCCCGUGUCAGACCAGGUCUAAUCCUGUUUUAGAUCUGGUUUAGUCCUGUUUUAGGUCUGGUUUAGUCCUUGUUUAGACCUGGCUUAGUCCUGUUUUAGACCUGGUUUAGUCCCAGUUUAGACUUGAUUUAGUUCCAUUUUAGACCUGGUUUAGUUCUCGUUUAUUCCUGAUGUAGUCCUGUUUUUACACCUGGUUUAGUCCCAGUUUAGACUUAGUUUAGUCCUUUUUUAGACCUGGUUUAGUCCCGUUUUUAUUUACAUACUGUGCAAUAAUCAAAGCAAAACUAAUAUCUCCAUGGAGACGAGCAGAAAAGUUCCACAGUGCUCCUUUUUCGAGCACAGGCUGCAUACAGUUCCUUUAUUUCAGCAGUAACCCGUCCAAGAGUCUGAUUUAACCCGACCCCGUUUAAAAAGUCAGCUGUUGUUUUGAGUCAGCGGCUCCUCCGUCCUCGGCCUUCCCAAUGUUCCGAUCGGAUCCGGCACGCUCCUUAAAUGGGCGUCAGACGGCUGCUUCCUGCGCGGUUCUACUUGGGUGAUUGGACUUUUAUGGGAGGAUUUGAAGUGGACGGUCGGGCUGCGGAGAAUCAAAGUGAGGAUUAGUAAAACAACAGGACACCCACCGUGUUAAAAAAUAAUUGCUCGUUUGUUUCGCGCUUUAAGAUUUUGAUUGAUUUGUGUUUUUGUAAAGAGCCGAUCCGUCAAAAGAGAAACCAGACUGCCGUAUUUGGGCCGAGCGCAGCAGGUGUGCACAGGAAGACGAGCGGAAAAGUUGCACAGAUAAUUCACUUGUGUGAUAGUCCUGGUUUAAUCCUGGUUUAGUCCUGUGUUAGACCUGUUUUAGUCCUGGUUUAGUCCUGUGUUAGACCUGUUUUAGUCCUGGUUUAGUCCUGUGUUAGACCUGGUUUAGUCCUGAUGUAGUCCCGUUUCAGUCCUGUUUUAAACCUGGUUUAGUCCUGGUUUAGUCCUGUGUUAGACCUGGUUUAGUCCUGAUGUAGUCCCGUUUCAGUCCUGUUUUAAACCUGGUUUAGUCCUGUGUUAGACCUGGUUUAGUCCUGAUGUAGUCCCGUUUCAGUCCUGUUUUAAACCUGGUUUAGUUCUAGUUUAGACCUGGAUUAGUCCUGUUUUAGACCUGAUGUAGUCCUGUUUCAGUCCUGUUUUAGACCUGGAUUAGUCCUGCUUUAGACCUGAUGUAGUCCUAUUUUAGACCUGAUGUAGUCCUAUUUUAGACCUGAUGUAGUCCUAUUUUAGACCUGAUGUAGUCCUAUUUUAGACCUGGUUUAGUCCUGUUUUAAACCAAAUGUAGUCCAGUUUUAGACCUGAUGUCGUCCUGCUUUAGACCUGUUUUAGUCCUGUUUUAGACCUUGUUUAGUCCUCUUUUAAACCUGGUUUGGUCCUGUUUUAGAUCUGGUUUUGCCCCAUUUUAAACCUGAGGAAGUCUCGUUUUUAGACCUUGUUUAGUUCCAUGUUAGACCUUGUCUAAUUCUGUGUUAGACCUGGUUUAGUCCGAGGUUAGAGCUGAUGAAAUGCUGUUUCAGACCUGGGUUAGUCCUGUUUUAGACCUGGUUUAGUCCUAGUUUAGAUCUGGUUUAGUUCUGUUUUAGACUAUGUGUAGUCCUGUUUUAGACCUGGUUUAGUCCAAGUUUAGAGCUGAUGAAAUGCUUUUUCAGACCUGGGUUAGUCCUGAUUUAGUUCUGUGUUAGACCUGGUUUAGUCCUAGUUUAGCCCUGAUGAAGUCCUGCUUCAGACCUGCUUAAGUCCUGUUUUAGACCUGGUUUAGUCGUAGUUUAAACUUGGUUAAAAGUUUAAAGUUUUAUAAUUCAGUCUUAAAAUCGUGAAAAACAGAACGAGUUCAUUUUAUUUGGUUUGCAGUCACGGUAAUGCUAAGAACAACUAGCAUUCUAACUGCACACUUCCUGAUUCUCGGACUAUAAUAUAAUGAAUAAAAUGCACAGCAACUUCAAAAACUGCUUAUAUCUGUACUGGGAAAACAAAUACAUGGGAAAAAUUGAUUAAAGCGCUUUUAGUCCAAGUUUAAAUCUGAUCUAGUCCUGUUUUAGACCUGGUUUAGUCCUGUUUUAGUCCUGGUUUAGUCCCGUUCUAAACCACGCCGGGUCACUACUGUACGUGACUGUUACAUGAGUCUGUUCACUGCGAAAUCCAUAACUUAAGAGACUUGAAUAUGGUGUGAGGUUUAGUUUUUUGUUUUUGUUUUUUGAAGUGUAGUCGUUUUUAUUUGAAUUGUUGGAUGUAAAUUGCUUUAUUAUAUUUUCAGAAUAAUCACGAUUUAUUCAUAGAGUUUUAUUUCAGUGCAAAGAGAGAAUCUGUCUGUAUGUUAAGAGUUAUUUUCAAACAGUGGUGGAUAAACUACUGAAAAUGUAAAGUAAAGUAAAAGUACCGCUGCCAAAAUUGUACAAGAAAAAGUCACAUUACAUUUUUCACGUAAAAAACUCCAAAACUACCGAAACCCAAACUGUCCAAAGUAGAUUAAAAAGCCAAAAAUGUGUUUAAGAUAUUGGCAAAGGAAAAAAUCUAUUUGUUUUACCAGGAUGACUGAGGGAUUUUUUUUUUUUUUUCCAUGCAUAAGAUUAGAUUUUUUUUUUUUUUGGUUUCUAAAGGGCUGAUAUUAUAAAAUUUCUUUCUAAAGUGUGUUAUAAUGUUGUUUCCUCGUCACAAACAGACCUGGAGUUGUGUUUUGUUUCGUUCACACAUGUUUGCAGGAUUCCCACGGUCAUGGAAAUCCUGGAAACGUCAUGGAAAUUGAAAAUGUCAAUUGACCAGGCCUGAAAAAAGUCACAGAACUUUGUAAAUUCAAUGAAAGUUUUGGAAAAGUCAUGGAAUUUUAGUAUCUCUUUCACGCAACUACAGUGUUCUGUUAAGUUGUCGUUGAACUAUUAUGAUUAUUUCCAAUCGUCUGCACUUUUUGUUUGAAAGAGACGACAAUAAAUGCACUGACAGGAUUUUAAAAGUAAAAAAAAAAAAAAACUAUAAUCCUAAACCAUAAAGUGAGUGGAAAGAAUUAAGAUUUCAUAUUUAGCCCUAAAAGUCUACACAUGUAGGUGCCGUAAAGUCAUGGAAAAGUUUUGAAAUUCUGUCAGUGAAAAAAAGUGGGAACCCUGUGUAUUCAGAUUGAAAACACUCUGCUCCACCUUGUGAUGUCAUGUGGCAGUACAGGAAGUGCUCCGCUGUGUUUUUAAACUCCACACAGCUUCACUUGAAUCAUUUGGAUCUGAUUUCAGCCUUGGACUUGCCAAUUCUUAACCUGAUUCAUCAGACGGUUUCACUUCGUAGAAACCGUCUGACCCCGCAGUGUUAGGAUUCGUUCGCUCGACAAUAGGCGUGUACUUUUUAUCAUUUAACCAAUCGCUGCUGUUUGGUCGUGACGUAUGUAAUGCACCACUAACGGGGCUGACUAGUAAAUUAAGUUUUUCCCAAAUCCCGUAGGAAGAAGGACAAUAACGUCUUUCCCCUUGAUGAAAUUCACCAAACAUUCUCUUUGUUCCAGCUUUAAAUCCUCAAUGGCUCUUCACACUUACAGGGUUUUGCCGUCUACAUCAGGGGUGUCAAACUCAUUUUGGUCCGGGGGUCGUAUCCAAACUACUUUGAUCUCAAAGGGGCCGGAUCAGAAAACUCAUGUCAUAUAAACCCCAAAAAUAACAAUAAGUUCAAAUAUUUGUGCAGAGAAACACAAAUCUAUUACAGAAAUAUUUUUCUAAAUUGAUGAACUCUUUCUUUUACAAAAUAUUAUAAUAUUAUGAACAACCUGAAACUUUAAGAAAAAUGCAAUUUCAACACAAUGUUUUAACAUGAACUUGUCUGUAAACAGGAAUUAAGUCAAUUUUUGUUGUAAAAUUCCUGCACUCGGCUCCACUUUUCUCAUGUUGGACAUUUUUCUGAUGAGGGUGUCACGGUCAACAGUCAAAACGAUCGUCCUUUAAGAGCGUUUGGAAAGAGACAAGUCUUCAUUUGUGCUGCUCUGGUGGGAGGGGCCACGUACAGAGACGCUGGAGACGCUGCUGUGAUAAACACCACAGAAAAUUAACAAGAUUUUAAUAGAAAAUAAUUAAAAUAUUUUAGUAGAAAAUCAGCCGAGGGCCAGAUUAAACGUUUUGGAGGGCCGGAUCCAGCCCCCGGACCAAAAUGAGUUUGACACCCCUGCUCUAGUGUAUUCUGAUUCCUGACCUAGUCCCUGAAGAGACAUUAAAUUAAGCGGAGGCACUAGGUUGCUCCAGCCUGACUAGUCAACUCUCUCUAUUAAACAAAAGGUACAAUGAGCUGUUAACUACCACUACAUGACAUCACAAGGUGGAACUGAGCAUUUAGAGCUUUGGAAAUGUAGUCAGACAAAUAAUAAAGACUUAAAACGAAACACAACUCCAGGUUUGUUUAUACUUACACCUCACAAGAGUCAGUUUUGCGUAUUAUAAGAUGAAAUAAGUAAGUAAAACAAAACUAAAAUUCUGGUUAAAUUCUACGUUUGCUCCACGGCUGUUUUUUUUUAUUUUGUUUAUUUUGGCGUUCUGUGAUUCUGUAUCCGCACACUGAAGCUGAAGUAGAGGCUUGUUUCGUUUGCUUAGCGUCGGCACGUUCACGUUUCCAUCCCCGUCUGUACAGAGUGUGAGUGUACGUUUCGUGGGACAUAAUAAUACUGAAGUUCUUAUUUAUUCUCUCACUCAUGUUUGUUGUUGCAGUGUUUGAAAAAAUGUUAGAGAUUAUUAUUAUUAUUAUUAUUAUUAUUAUUAUUAUAUUUGUGUUAACUUAUUCAGAUCAUGGAACAAAGUGAUUACAAUAUUAAUAAAGUGAGUUUUUCCCUCGUG